AUGUCGAUUCUGACGCCGAACGUCGCGAAUAUGAGCUUAGGCGCGCCAGCGAACACAGCGUUCGCAAUGCCCGGAACAUUAGGACCUUUAGUUACCACCCUGGGAUCUCCACCUUUCACCUUUUCCAUCUUUCGACUCAAAGCACGUCACGUAAAUAAAUAUAAGAAUCAUCUAUCAAUCACUAUAAAGCCCAAUUGCAGGACAAUGACUGUACAACAAGAGCACGCACCUUGCGCUGUGCCGGCACUCUCGUACUUAGACUUGAGCUUGGCGGCGGUCGCACGGGCGUCGGACCUCACGGAGUCAGUCGUGCUCGAGCUCCUGAACGAGAGGGUCGUGGAGAAAGUGGACGAGAAGGAGGAGCCCAAGCCCAGGCCGAGGGUGGCGCGGUAA